CGACCGUCCAAGGGCCACGGACACGGAGCUUUAUCGCGAUCACCGUUGAUAGAUCGUCUUGACGUCGACGACACGAGGCUAUCCGCAGGUCGAACACAUUCCUUCACAUUGAUCUCGCGUGGUCUCCAUUCUAUCCAGAGCGAUUCGGGCGGACGCGACAUCGCAGGGCGGGAUUCGAGGUCGCCGCUCUGCGCAUUUCAGCGACUUGCACGACCAGCGGGCUGCGUGUCGGUAGAAUUGUGUCUGGCAGGGUCAUGCUGAUUUAGGAGCCAGCUGGCAACCAUGUCUCCUCUCAGAGGUUAUAUCAGUUCCUAUCCCCCCCGGGUGCGCCAAUAUGGAAACGCGUUGCUCACGCCGGUCAUCCCUCCCACGCAAACCGCUCCGCCGGCGCGAACAACGAAGCGCGGUACCACCGCUAUCAACUACGCAGAGGAUGGGUUCGAUGAAGAUGAUUUCGAAGAGAGCGAUGGCCCUCGCCGCCCGACCGGGUUGCGGAGCUUAAGGCGUGAAGAUUCGACAUUUGACAAGGUAGCUUUGGCGGAGAAGCUGGGGAAGGAGAUUCACGCGCCAAUUGAGAUUCAAGGGAUCUUUCGCGAUUGGAUGAUUAAGAGGAUGUUACGGCCAGCUUGCGCCGACCAAUUACAAAUUCAAGCACAGCUCCCAUUGACUCUCAUACCGAUUCGCAUUGAUCUAGAGAUUCCAGCGCAUCAGCCCAUCGAACCGUUCCCUUUGCCGCGCGGAGUGAUGGAUCCCAGCAUCAAUCCAACCCUGCCUGCGUACAGAAGACCCGAUCCCCUGCCUGCAUACCGGAUAAAGGACACCUUCAUGUGGAAUCUACACGAGGCACUCGCAACUCCGGAGGAGUUUGCCACCGGAUUUGUUCGUGAUUUGGACUUGCCGAACCCCCAGGCUAUGACGGUUGCGAUUAGCAACCAGAUCCGCCAGCAACUCGAAGAAUACGCUGGCGUGGCGCUGCAUCCACUUUUCCAGAGCACCCAGACCAAGCCUAUCCCAAGUACUGUCUCACAGGCUGGUAUCUCACGAGAUGUCUCCAUGACCCCCGCUCCGGCGAAUGUUGCCACGCCAGACAGCCGGCCCAACACCGUAACGGUAACUAAAGAGCCGUUAGUCAACGACAGCAUUCUCAACCCAGACGAUGCAUAUAGGUGCAUGGUCAGUCUGAAUAUCAAUCUUCAGAACAAACUAUACACAGACAAGUUUGAGUGGUCGUUACUCCAUCCGCCGGGUAUGGCUGAGGAGUUUUCCAGGGUCACAUGCGCCGACCUGGGACUGGGUGCAGAGUGGGUCAGUGCAAUUGCACACGGUAUCUACGAAGCUGUUUUGAAACUGAAAAAGGAGGUCUGCGAAAGCGGCAUCCUCAGCGGCAUGGGGAACUACGGAAACGAAAUCGACAACCAGGCAGCAAACGGCGCCGAGGCCGGCUGGCGCUACGAUCCCGAGGGUCUCGGUGACGAGUGGGAGCCAAAGGUUGAGACCCUAUCCAAGGAGGAAAUUGAAAAGCGUGAAGGAGAUCGCGAACGACAAAUUCGGCGUCUAAGACGGGAAACGGCGAGGUUCUCUUCCACGGCCGGCAUCACACCCGAGGUGUCCCGACAGUCAACGGGGGGAUACUUCGACGUCCCAGAUGCAGACACACCCAUGGGCCGCGGCGAGAGGAGCAAGCGCAAGAGGCGGUUCCGCAGUCUCAGCCCUACGGGCCGGGGAGGCACUCCUGGCGGACGUGGGACUCCUGAUACUAGUUCCGGGGCUGGAUACGGGGGAGGAGGUGGUACAUUAACUGACUGGGAACGGCAAAACUGGAGGUGUACCAAUUGCAUGGUCUGGGGCACUGCAGUCUGGGCUGUCCGAGACGGCCCAUCCGGUCCAAGGUCCCUCUGCCAUAACUGCGGCCUGCUAUACGAACGGGAUAAAGUCGCUCCAGAGUGGUCACGUGAUUUACAUCGUCAUGAUCUCCCUGCCGGUCGAUAGAAUAGGACUACCUAAGGAGUGACCAUGAGAUAUUGGCUGGUAUUGUGUACUUGAAUGGAUGAGAGAUUGAGAUCCUCAUGCUUUUUUCUUUUUCCUCUUUCUUUUUUCUCUUUUCCAUAAUGAAUGACGGCGCAGGAGUGAUAUCGGAUUUCCUCGAUGCUAGUUCUAUGCUUUUAUUGUAGGGCAUGCGGAUGCAUUUAUUGAAUGAUGACUUUG